GGGGGCGGAGCGAGUGCGGUUGCACCAACGCCGGUACUUAGGCGCGGGCCGGCGUGUCCUUGGGCUUAGAGAGCGGGACGUCCAGCUUCCCGGUGCAGUCCUUUGGGGCGCGAGCGACUAACGGGCGAGUUAAAAAUGGGUGAUGUUGAGAAAGGCAAGAAGAUUUUUGUUCAGAAAUGUGCCCAGUGCCACACUGUGGAAAAGGGAGGCAAGCACAAGACUGGACCGAAUCUCCAUGGUCUGUUCGGGCGGAAGACAGGUCAGGCCGUUGGAUUCUCCUACACAGACGCCAACAAGAACAAAGGCAUCACCUGGGGAGAGGACACUCUGAUGGAGUAUUUGGAGAAUCCCAAGAAAUACAUCCCUGGAACCAAAAUGAUCUUCGCUGGCAUUAAGAAGAAAAAUGAAAGGGCAGACUUGAUAGCUUAUCUCAAAAAAGCUACAAAUGAGUAAUAGUUGGCCACUGCCUUAUUUAUUACAAAACAGCAAUGUCCCGUGACUUUUUUUAUGUGCACCAUAAUUUAAUUCUCAUACACCAGAAUUCGGAUCAUGAAUGGCUGACAGAAUGUUUUUGUCCGACAGUCUAAUAUUGCCUUGUGUGGUUACAUAGGAAAUUUUGGUAGUAAUUCCAGUUCAGUAAAUGCCCUCACUGUUUUCCCCUUCUAAGGAUAUGAUUGGACUUAACAAAACUUGUCAAUGCCAUCCCAAAACCUGUUGGGAGAUUGGAUUUAGAUUUUAAUGCUGGGGAAAUUGCCUCACUGUCUCAGAACUGAACAAGAUUCACUUGUUCUUUACCUGCUAAAGGCAAGAGCUGAAGACAGCUGGGAAUGCCUACUUCGUAUUUCUGGUCUUAGCUGUGGCAAUCUCAUUGUAAUUUCCUGUAUCUAAACUUCUGCCUUUUACUUACUGAAAGGCAUUUUAGUGUGGUUUAUGCAUAUCAAAUAAAGAAUAUUUAACACUUCUCA